GUGGAAAAUAAGAGCAAGACAUGUCUCUCACUUCUCCUCCACAGGUCUAAAACAAGAAAAGAAAUAAGAUUAAGAGGAAAAGGAAAAGAAAACCUAUCGAAUUAUCCAUUUCCAACUUUCUAUGUUGUCCUGUCCACCCUUCUAAAACCAGCACCAAAGCUUUUCAUCAAUUUCUCAGAACCCAAGCCAUGGUCAUAAACCUCUCUCCCUCUCCACCUUCACACUCCACUUCCAUCAUCCGUUUCGCAAACUCAAAGUCACCCAUCUCUGAAUCUUCCUUCAAGUUCAAAACCCACUUCUCAAAACCUCUUCUCUCUCCUUCAUUUGCUUCCCCAAACGUGAAGAGCUUUGCCUGCAAGAAGCGGUUCUUACACGACAACAGCAGGUUCACACAUGGAAACAGGGUGGAUUUCAGGACCUGGGCUAUUGCUGGAUUCGAUUAUGGGAGCUUUGAGGGUCCUCAGUCUGUGCUUGAAGCUGCUGCAGUGUUGACAGCAAUCAUUGUUGUUCAUGAGACCGGUCACUUUCUUGCUGCUUCUCUCCAAGGGAUCCGUGUGAGUAAAUUUGCUGUUGGGUUUGGUCCAAUUUUAGCUAAGUUUAAUGCAAACAAUGUAGAGUAUUCCAUUAGAGCUUUUCCUCUUGGUGGGUUUGUGGGGUUUCCUGAUAAUGAUCCAGAUAGUGAUAUUCCUGUUGAUGAUGAGGAUUUGCUUAAGAACAGACCAAUAUUGGAUAGAGUCAUAGUGGUUUCAGCUGGUGUUAUUGCCAAUAUAGUUUUUGCAUUAGUCAUUAUCUUUGUUCAAAUCCUUGCUGUUGGUUUGCCUGUUCAAGAGGUCUUUCCUGGGGUGAGUGUGCCUGAAGUUCGACCCUUUUCGGCUGCUUCGCGAGAUGGGUUGCUCUCCGGGGAUGUGAUAGUCGAAGUUAAUGGAAAUGAGUUUGUUAAACAAGGUCCUAGUGCUGUUUCUGAAGUUGUUGAUGUGAUCAAAAGGAACCCCAAGAGAUAUGUUUUGCUCAAGGUUAAGAGGGGGGAGCAGAACUUUGAUAUAGGUGUCACUCCUGAUGAGAAUUUUGAUGGAACUGGUAAAAUUGGAGUUCAGCUAUCGCCGAAUGUGAAGUUAGAUAAGGUUAAACCGAAAAAUGUGGUGGACGCUUUUAGCUUUACCGCGAAAGAAUUCUGGGGUUUAUCAUCUAAUGUUUUAGAUGGCUUAAGGCAGACAUUUUUAAACUUCUCACAGUCAGCUAGUAAGGUUUCAGGUCCUGUAGCCAUUAUUGCUGUUGGUGCAGAAGUUGCGCGGUCGAACAUCGAUGGUCUCUACCAGUUCGCCGCCAUACUCAACAUUAACCUUGCAGUUAUAAACCUUCUUCCUUUGCCUGCUUUAGAUGGGGGUUCGUUGGCGUUGAUUCUUGUUGAGGCUGCCAGGGGAGGGAGAAAGCUACCUCUGGAAGUGGAGCAACGGAUCAUGUCGUCAGGAAUUAUGCUUGUUUUACUUCUGGGGUUAUACCUUAUUGUUCGUGAUACCCUAAACCUCGAUUUUAUCAAAGAAAUGUUGUAAUUAUUGUGAACUCAGAUUAAUAGUGGGGCUUAAAUACAUUUCACGAUUCUCUCAUCUGCUAUGCUGUUGCACCAGUUUCGUAACUAGUGAUGUAUCCAUAGAAGAGACAAGAUCAUUGUAAAUUGUUGAGGUAAGUUUCUUCCGCAAGAAAGUUAUGUGAGAGGCAUCUCUUUGUUACUUAUUCAUUGAUCUGAUCAGGAUCGUAUUUGAGCUCCUGGAAUAUAAUUUUACAAGUUACAAACUGUAGUUUUAUUAUGAAUUUUAAUAUCUUCUUUCUCUGAA